AUGAGGAAACAAAUCAUGAGAGUGAUCUUGAUUUUAUUAACGGUGUGUAAUCGUGUGUACAGUCAAGGCCUGGAUCAAUCAAUUCCCAUUAAUCCAAAUUAUCCGCAAUCGUAUCUAACAGAUACUAAUCAGAAUGGAUCGCUUUAUCGUCAAAAUAAGCAAAUUCCUUAUGGCAGUUUUCCAGUAAAUGGAAAUGACUACAGCCAAACAGCGCAGAGUUCGUUUUAUCAAGAUAGUUUCAAUUCAGACGUGUACGGUGAUGGAGAUAACGAUGUCGAUCCACAGAAUACUGCUACUUAUUAUGCAGGUUUAGACUAUGAGGAGCGCUACCGGUGUCCCCCCCAUUGGAUUCCUUUUAGAGAAUCAUGUUAUCGUUUUACGAAAUCUCCCGAUCGUCCACGAAACGAAGCUCGCAAAAUUUGUCAAGCAUUUGAGGCAGACUUAGCUUCUAUAAGCAGUCCUGAAGAGCAUGGUUUUAUUAUAACUACUUUAAUGCAUAUAGAUCCACAAAAAGGUUCAUGGUAUGUUGGAGCUCACCAGCAAUCACCAGGAUACUGGGCUAAUGAAGGGGAUGGCUCCCAGUUGACAGGUUUGGAGAAUGCUUUCUUUGAUGACAGAAUUUUGACAUACACUAGUUACAACUUACUCCCUCGUGAUUAUUUAGUGUAUAGAUUUUCACAUGAAGAUGGUCGUUGGGGCUUAGCACCAAUUGAAGGUACUCAAUAUUUACACUUUAUUUGUGAAGGUCAAACACAGAGACUUCAUUACCUCAUUGAAGAAGAAAGAUCAUUUACAUAUGGAUUAGAUACAUUUGAUCCUGAGAGAAUACCUAAAGGACCAUUCUUCAUAAAGGAGCCAGUGGAUACUAUAUAUGAUCCUUUGAGACAUCAACAUGUUCAGUUGACAUGCAUAGCAGGAGGUUACCCAGCACCUACUUACAAAUGGUAUAGAGAAGAUUAUCAAGUAGAUAAUCCUAUUUAUACUGAAAUAGAUCCCCUCUCCGAUCCGAGAAUAAUUUUAAGUGGUGGAACACUCAUGAUUUACAGUCCAGAUGCAGAUAAAGAUAAUGCCAAAUUUCACUGUACCGCAACAAAUAAAUUUGGGGUUAUACGAUCGGAAUCUGUAAGAUUAUCCUUUGGUUUUAUACGAGAAUUUAAUCAGAAAAGACCUGUUGAGAGUGGGAAACAAUAUUGGGGGAAAGUUAUUAAUUGCGAUCCACCAUCUUAUUAUCCGUCAGUAAAUUUCUUAUGGGCUCGUGGUUAUUUCCCUAACCUGGUAGAGGAAGACAGACGUGUAUUUGUAUCUUAUGAUGGGGGUCUAUAUUUCUCUUCUUUAGAGAAUAUUGAUAGAGGGAAUUAUAGUUGUAAUGUUAUGAGUAAAGUAUCUGAUGCUGGUCGUAAUGGUCCUUUCUUUCCUCUACUCGUGUACCCAAAUUCGGAUUAUCAACAGCUGAAAUUUCCAAAUAAUUUCCCUAAAGUAUUCCCAGAGGCCCCCAUAGUUGGGCAUGAGGUUCGAUUGGAGUGUGUAUCAUUUGGUUAUCCUGUUCCCUCUUAUAAUUGGACUAGAAAAGCUGGAGGUAUUCCAAGAAAAGCAUAUUUGAGUAGCUUUGACCGUGUGUUAACCAUACCUAAUGUUGGUGUUGAAGAUGAAGGUGAAUAUAUUUGUGAUGUGCGUAAUGACAGAGCACGUAUAUCUAACAGUGUAUUCUUAAAAGUACAAGCUGAGCCAAAUUUUACCAUUCCAUUGACUAAUAAACAUGUGGACAAUAAAGGAGAUUUACACUGGAACUGUGAAGCAUUUGGUAUACCUGAUGUUAACUAUACUUGGUGGAAAAAUGGCGAAAAACUCUCAAUGGAUACAUUACAGACUGAAGACAGGGAUAGGUAUGUUAUACAAGAUAAUGUAUUAAUAAUUAAAUACUUAGAUCCAACUCGAGACCCUGGUAUGUAUCAAUGUGAGGCUAAAAAUCAAUUAAAAGCUAAAUAUUCAACAGGACAGUUACGUGUUUUAUCUCUUAAACCUUCAUUUAAAAAACGGCCAUUGGAAUCAGAGACCUAUGGAUCAGAAGGAGGAAAUGUAACACUUCGUUGUAAUCCAGAGGCCGCACCCAAACCUACAUUUACUUGGAAAAAAGAUAACAUUGUCAUUGGAGCAGGUGGUAAAAGAUUUAUAACAGAAAAAGGUAAUCUCAUUAUACGUCAACUGUCUAGAGACGAUGAAGGAGUAUAUACUUGUGUUGCCAAAAAUCAAUACGGUUCAGACGAGAGUCGAGGACGCCUAAUUGUUUUGCGUGCACCACGCUUUAUAGAACGAUUACCACCGCGUAUUACGACACAAGUAGGCCAAGUGAUUUUCUUACAUUGUAGUGCAGAAAUAGACUCUCUUUUAGAUACGGCUUACCUGUGGAAUCAUAAUGGUAUAAGAAUGAAAGAGGGAGCUGAUCUUUUUGCCGACAAACGAAUAAAGAUUGAUGGAGGAGAAUUAACUAUCUUUGAUGUUAGUCUGUCGGAUGUCGGUGAAUACGAGUGUGUCGUUAAAUCAGCUAUUGGUCGGAUAUCAACUCGUACCCAGUUACGUAUAGAAGGACCACCAGGUCCCCCAGGAGGUUUACAAGUUAUAAAUAUACAACGUUCUUCAGUAACUCUAGAAUGGACCGACAGCAAUCCUAACGGCCGUCCUAUUACAAACUAUGUCGUCACUGGCCGUACGCAAUGGAACUCAUCAUGGUACAUUGUAAGCGAUAGUGUUACAAAUGUAAUGGAAAUUGGUAGAUACAACGGACGUAAGCGCGCGACAAUAACCACGACUUUAAUGCCAUGGUCAGUUUAUGAAUUCAGAGUUCAAGCUGUAAAUAGCUUAGGUACAGGAGUACCUUCAUCUCCCAGUCCUCAAUUUUCUACUCAACCUGAUAAGCCUUAUCAAGCUCCGUUUAAUGUAGGAGGUGGUGGUGGAAAAAUUGGCGAUCUUACAAUUAAAUGGACUCCUCUGCCUCUAUCACUGCAAAAUGGUCCAGGUAUCCAUUACAAAAUAUUUUGGCGUCGCAAUAAUUCGGAAGUUGAGUUUCAAUCACUUCUGUUAAAAGAAUAUGGAAAUGUUGGUAUGCAUGUUGUGCAUAUUCCAUUAGAUUUCUUUUUCACUCCAUACAAUGUAAAAGUUCAGGCUUUUAAUGAGAUCGGGGCGGGUCCAGAAAGUGAAGUGGUGACGAUCUAUUCGGCCGAAGAUAUGCCACAAGUUGCUCCACAGCAAGUAUACUCUCGAUCAUUUAACUCUACCUCUCUAAAUGUUACAUGGAAUCCUAUUGAUCAGUCCCGAGAGAGGCUGCGUGGUAAAUUGAUAGGCCAUCGUCUCAAAUAUUGGAAGCAAGUUAACAAGGAAGAGGAAUGCAUAUACUUUCUAUCUAGGACAACACGUAAUUGGGCUCUUAUAGUUGGAUUGCAACCAGAUACCUAUUAUUUCGUAAAGGUAAUGGCAUUUAAUUCGGCCGGUGAAGGUCCAGAGAGCGAACGGUAUUUGGAGCGUACAUAUCGUAAAGCCCCGCAAAAGCCUCCGGCGUCUGUCAACGUGUGGGCCGUUAAUCCAAGCACUGUUCGUGUCGUCUGGAGAUAUGUUCAGCCAACAGACGAGGAAGAGCCGCUUAUUGGCUAUAAGGUAAGGGUAUGGGAAAUUGACCAAGACAUGAGCACUGCCAAUGAUACUUUGAUACCAGUUGAACAUAAACUAGAAGCUUAUGUUACAAAUUUGACACCGGGCAAAACAUAUAAUUUGAGAGUACUAGCAUUUUCAAAUGGAGGGGAUGGUAGAAUGUCAUCUCCAGCUAUAACUUUCCAAAUGGGAGACUAUCACAGUGAUGCUUAUGGAUACUAUCUCAAACUUAUUCCGGCUACUGAAAACUGA